AUGCAUGUAUGUGGAGAGGAGAUGGAGGGUCAAGUCAACACUCAACAGGAAUGAAAUUAUAGAGAGGGGGGGAGCAUCUCUUGUUAUGCAUAAAAUUCUAUAAGUAAUCCUCGUCUCCCACUUCUGUGCUCUCCGCCCUCAUUAUUUUUUCUUAUUAACAGGGAGAGACGAGAAGAAUUCCUUAAGUCUGUCUGUGUGGUGAGAGAGAGAGUGUGUGUUGGGUACAGGUUAGAUUUGUUUGGCAGGUGAGGUGUAGUGGCAUCGUCGGUUGGUCGGUCGAUCAUUAUCAUUUCUCAUCACCUUUGGCUCCUCCUCCUCCUCCUCUUCUUCACAUCACCAGAUCAGUUCAGAUCAGGUCAGAUUUCUUUGAAGCUGCCAAUGGAUGUCUUUGGUAAAUCCAUCCUGUCUGCUCCUGCCAAUGUUGUUUAUCUCUCCACUAUUCUUGGCCUCGAUGGCCCAAUUCCUGUCCACAAAUGUGACUGCAAGUGUCAGAAUGAACAUGUCUUUGCUAACAUGUACCGCUGCAGCCUCACUGGUCUCACUCACAUCUGUGACAAGAACUGUAACCAGAGAAUUUUGUAUGACAACCAUUCCUCCCUUUGUCGCGCAAGCGGCCGGAUUUUCCCCCUUUCCCCAGCUGAGGACCAGGCUGUCAGAGGAGUUCGCAGGAAGCUCGAUGCUGACAAUAGUAAUGCUCCCACGGAUAGCUGUUCUUUCAAGCGCAGGCGCAAUGCACAGUUUCACCCUUCUCCUUUCGAGAGAUCUUUCUCUGCUGCCAGUCCAAUCUGCAGCCAAGUCGGAGAUGGCAUGGAUAUGAGCUAGAUAUAAUCUAUCGUAUAGCUGAAAUAACCCUUUCUCUUUUUAUUCGUGAUGUUUAUUUGAAGUUUCUCCUUUUAAUGUUUCACGGAACGGAUACGGAUGUCUUUGAACUUAAUGUGGGUACUACAAUGGUGGACCAUACGUGUCCUCCUCUAUAUAUGGAGGAACUUAAUAUUUAUUUUUCAUAUGUAAUGCAAUGUAGCGGUUCCAAUAGCAUAGCUUGAUUUUCGAUAGGAGAUCUUGAACUUGCUCCAUUUACUCACUUAUGAAGCUAGAGUUUAAUUCAUUUUCAUUCAAGCUCUCCUAUUCCUUUUGAAUUCAAACUAACUUCUGGUGCUUUCAGGUCUUUUGCAAGACUUUUAUAUCUAUAGGGUAGUAUCAACUUUUAGCGAUUUGAUUUACUUCUUUAUUCAAUUAUUUUGUGUCUACCGUGUUUUGAUCUGCUUUUUGCGGAUGUGCUUAUUUUGGGCAUUUUAAGUUUUAGAAACACAAAUUCGUUGAGAUACGUUUAAUACUAGCUGACUUCAUUACGUUUGUGUUGAGUGUACUAACCUUCAUAAAUCUGUGUUUGUGUAAGUUUAUGAAACAGGUUUAUCUGGUAUUUUUUGCACUUCAUGAUUUUGGGUGGAGGUUGUAUUUGGGUGCUGCUGGUUAUGCAGCAUAGUUUUUAUCAGGGCUUUUCUGCAUUGUUCUGUGCUCAAACUUACCUGCUGCUAUGCUUUAUUUUGUCUGGUUUAUUGCAGGUUGAAGACCAAUAUUGCGUUGAUUCCUUGCUUUUAUUUGUUGUUGUUUACUCAAUCUUGCUUUCCUAAUUAGAUUUGAUGUAUGGUUUCCUGAAGUAACUUUUAAUUUUGCAGGGAUUGGAGUGUAUACAAUCCAGGAGACGUUAAAUAUACUUCUCUGUUAUCAUUAAUGAAUUAUUGUUUUUGAGAAUUUUGUUGAUAAUGAAAAGCUCAAAGAGUUUAUGUUAUCUUUUACAGGAGUUUUUCCUUUCUUGCUGUGGUGAUUGAUGUGGCAUGGAAUUGCUGCUGAUGGAUUGAGAAGAUAGUGCAUUUACCUGUUGAAGGUCUGAAUUCCAGACUAAUCUUGACUGCUGGUUUAUUUUUUAACUUAUCAUUGUCUCUGCUUUAUGAUACAGGUAUUUCAAGAUCUAAUUUCCUGCUUAUCAAAUGAUGUUGGGCUGUCGUAUUGGUGUUUUUUUUAGAGCCUACCUUAAUUAUUGUCUGUUUCAGUUGAUUACCUACCUUACAUACCUGCUUUGUGUAUGAAUGUGGCAGAUGGAACCUGAUUUGGUAGAGUUACUAUUGGAUUGUGAAUUGCAGAGGCAGAAGGAAGUUCCUUAUUUUUAUGGUGAGCUUGAAGCCUUGAAGAGCAGAGCAGCUACAUAUAAGUUGUUAGAAUUGCUGGCUUCAACCUCUGGAAUCUGUCAAGGCCAAGCAAAGCUCGUCUUCAGCCUUUGGAAUCAAUUGAGUCCACACAGCGCUACGCCUAUCUUGGCUGCUAUUGGUGUAAGAGGGAGUUAAGUUUUGUAUCUGACCUGUUCUGAAGCUCCUGAAUAAGUACGCUGAUAUAAAUUCUGGCUGAUAGCCUCCCCUUUCUGGUCUAAAACUUCCCUGUUCUCCAGCAUUUCUCCAAUCAGCGAAAAUUUGAUCCCUGUGGAUUUAAUGUGGGAGUAGAUUUAGUUUGUUGGGGUUUAUUUUGGAUAUAUGCAUUAGCACUUGUAUCCUCGUAAUAUUCUAAUAAAAAAGAAGAAAUAAUGCUUCUCCCUCUUCGUUUACAAUUUAAA